UUGAGAGUUCAUUGCAGGAUUAUGAAAAGUAGCUGAUUUUAGUUUUAGUGAAACUUGCAAGUGUUUCUGUUUUCUGAUUAUACUUUUACUUUUCCUAGGUUCCACAAAACAACUGCAUCACUGACACCAAUAAGAGGGAGCCAUGAGUGGGGACGCAGAAAUGGAGUGUUUUGGCAAAGCUGCCAUAUUCCUCCGGAAAUCUGAAAAGGAGCGAGUAGAAGCUCAAAACAUGCCCUUUGAUGCAAAAACAGCAUUUUACGUGGCGGAGCCCAAAGAAUUUUAUUUGAAGGGGAAACUAGUGAAGAAGGAAGGUGGCAAAGCCACAGUUGAAGUUCAAGGUGGGAAGAGCUUCACUGUAAAGGAGGAUGAAAUCUUCCCCAUGAACCCUCCAAAGUUCGAUAAGAUUGAGGACAUGGCCAUGAUGACCCACCUCAGUGAACCCUCUGUGCUGUAUAACCUCAAAGAGCGCUAUGCAGCAUGGAUGAUCUAUACCUACUCAGGGCUGUUCUGCGUGACUGUGAACCCCUACAAGUGGCUCCCAGUGUACGACUCAGGGGUUGUGCAAGGAUACAGAGGCAAAAAGAGGAUUGAGGCUCCACCCCACAUCUUCUCCAUCUCUGACAACGCCUAUCAGUUCAUGCUCCAAGAUGGUGAGAACCAGUCCAUCCUGAUUACCGGAGAAUCUGGUGCAGGAAAGACUGUCAACACCAAACGUGUCAUCCAGUACUUUGCGACAAUCGCAGUGGCUGGAGGAAAGAAAGUGGAGCAGACUGGAAAAAUACAGGGUUCGCUGGAAGAUCAAAUCAUUGCAGCCAAUCCCCUGCUGGAGGCUUAUGGUAAUGCCAAAACUGUGAGGAAUGACAACUCAUCCCGCUUUGGUAAAUUUAUUCGCAUCCAUUUUGGAACAACUGGAAAGCUGGCUUCAGCUGAUAUCGAAACGUAUCUGCUGGAGAAAUCUCGAGUGACAUUCCAGCUGUCUGCUGAGAGGAGCUACCACAUCUUCUAUCAGCUCAUGACAGGCCACAAACCAGAGCUGAUAGAUAGUCUCCUCAUCACCAAAAAUCCGUAUGACUUCCCCAUGAUCAGUCAGGGUGAAAUCAGUGUCAAGAGUAUCGAUGAUGUUGAAGAAUUCAUCGCAACUGAUACUGCUAUCGACAUCCUGGGCUUCACUGCGGAGGAGAAACAAGGCAUCUACAAGCUGACUGGAGCUGUGAUGCAUCAUGGAAACAUGAAGUUCAAGCAGAAACAGCGUGAAGAGCAGGCUGAGCCAGAUGGCACUGAGGUGGCUGAUAAAAUCGCCUACCUUUUGGGCCUGAACUCUGCUGAUAUGCUGAAGUCUUUAUGUUACCCAAGAGUCAAGGUCGGCAAUGAAAUGGUGGUUAAAGGUCAAACUGUGCCACAGGUGCAUAAUUCAGUCAGUGCUCUCUGCAAGUCUAUCUAUGAGAAAAUGUUCUUGUGGAUGGUGGUCAGAAUCAACGAGAUGUUGGAUACCAAGCAGCCCAGAAACUUUUUCAUCGGUGUCCUGGAUAUUGCUGGGUUUGAAAUCUUUGAUUACAACAGCUUGGAGCAGCUGUGCAUCAACUUCACCAAUGAGAAACUGCAACAGUUUUUCAACCACCACAUGUUUGUGCUGGAGCAAGAGGAGUACAAGAAAGAAGGAAUUGAAUGGGAGUUCAUUGACUUUGGUAUGGAUCUGGCUGCAUGCAUUGAGCUGAUUGAGAAGCCAAUGGGCAUCUUCUCCAUCCUUGAAGAGGAGUGCAUGUUCCCCAAGGCUUCGGACGUCACCUUCAAGAACAAACUGUACGACCAGCAUCUUGGUAAAACCAAGUCUUUUGAGAAACCAAAGCCAGCCAAAGGCAAGGCUGAGGCUCACUUUGCCCUGGUGCACUACGCUGGCACUGUUGAUUACAAUGUCACUGGCUGGCUUGAUAAGAACAAAGACCCUCUGAACGACUCAGUGGUUCAGCUCUACCAGAAAUCUUCUAUUAAGCUGUUGGCGAACCUUUAUGUAGCUCAUUCCUCAGGAGACGAUAGUAAAGGUGGAAAGAAGGGUGGCAAAAAGAAGGGGGGAUCCUUCCAGACAGUAUCAGCUCUCUUCAGGGAAAACUUGGGCAAGCUGAUGACUAACUUAAGGAGCACACACCCCCACUUUGUACGCUGUUUGAUUCCAAAUGAAUCUAAAACACCAGGUCUCAUGGAGAACUUCCUGGUCAUCCAUCAGCUGAGGUGUAACGGUGUGCUGGAAGGAAUCAGGAUCUGCAGGAAAGGUUUCCCAAGCAGAAUCCUCUACGCUGACUUCAAGCAGAGAUACAAAGUAUUGAAUGCUAGUGUCAUCCCUGAGGGACAGUUCAUUGACAACAAGAAGGCCUCCGAGAAACUGCUGGAAUCCAUAGACGUGGACAAAACCCAGUACAAAUUUGGCUAUACCAAGGUGUUCUUCAAGGCUGGACUGCUGGGCACGCUGGAGGAGAUGAGGGAUCAGAAGCUGGUUGAACUGGUCAUGAUUACUCAGGCUCUCUUUAGAGGUUACCUCAUGAGGAGAGAGUUUGUCAAAAUGAUGCAAAGAAGAGAGGCCAUUUACUCCAUCCAGUACAACAUCCGCUCAUUCAUGAACGUCAAAACAUGGCCAUGGAUGAAGGUCUACUUCAAGAUUAAGCCUCUGCUGAAGAGUGCAGAGACUGAAAAAGAAAUGGUGCAGAUGAAAGAGGACUUUGAAAAGACCAAAGAGGAGCUAGCAAAGGCUCUGGCUAAGAAGAAAGAACUGGAGGAGAAGAUGGUUUCUCUUAUUCAAGAGAAGAAUGACUUGCAGCUACAAAUUCAGUCUGAGAGUGAAACUAUCAGUGAUGCAGAGGAAAGGUGUGAGGGGCUCAUUAAGGCCAAAAUCCAGCUCGAGGCCAAAGCCAAAGAGGCGGCUGAGAGACUGGAGGAUGAGGAGGAAAUUAAUGCUGAGCUCACAGCAAAGAAGAGGAAGCUGGAGGACGAGUGCUCUGAGUUGAAGAGAGACAUUGAUGACUUGGAGCUCACACUGGCAAAAGUGGAAAAGGAGAAACAUGCCACUGAGAACAAGGUUAAAAACCUUGUGGAAGAAAUGACAGCUCAGGAUGAGACCAUUGCUAAGUUGACAAAAGAGAAGAAAGCCCUCCAAGAGGCACAUCAGCAGAUCCUUGAUGAUCUGCAGGCAGAGGAAGACAAAGUCAACACUCUGACGAAGGCUAAAGUCAAGUUGGAACAACAAGUGGAUGAUCUUGAAGGUUCUCUGGAGCAAGAAAGGAAGCUCCGUAUGGACCUUGAGCGAUCUAAAAGAAAGCUUGAAGGAGAUCUUAAACUUGCCCAUGAAUCCAUAAUGGAUCUGGAGAACGACAAGCAGCAGUCUGAUGAGAAAAUAAAAAAGAGGGACUUUGAGAUAAGUCAGCUCCUCAGCAGGAUAGAAGAUGAGCAGGCAGUUGAUGUUCAACUUCAAAAGAAAAUCAAGGAACUGCAGGCUCGUAUCGAGGAGCUGGAAGAGGAGAUCGAGGCUGACCGUGCUGCUCGGGCCAAGGUGGAGAAGCAGAGGUCUGAUCUCUCCAGGGAACUUGAAGAGAUCAGCGAGAGGCUUGAAGAAGCCGGUGGAGCAACAUCUGUUCAGAUCGAGAUGAACAAAAAACGUGAGGCAGAGUUUCAGAAGAUGCGUCGUGAUCUCGAAGAGUCCACCCUGCAGCACGAAGCCACUUCUGCAGCCCUCCGCAAGAAGCAGGCUGACAGCGUGGCGGAGCUGGGGGAACAGAUCGAUAACCUCCAGAGAGUCAAACAGAAGCUGGAGAAAGAGAAGAGUGAAUACAAGAUGGAGAUUGAUGACCUCAGCAGCAACAUGGAGUCCAUUGCCAAAUCAAAAGGUAACAUGGAGAAAAUGUGUCGGUCUCUUGAGGAUCAACUAAGUGAACUGAAGACCAAGAAUGACGAGAACAUGCGCCAGCUAAAUGACAUUAAUGUUCAAAGGUCAAGACUGAUGACUGAAAAUGGGGAAUAUAGUCGUCAGUUAGAGGAAAAGGACUCUCUUGUUUCACAGCUGACCAGAGGAAAACAGGCUUAUAUUCACCAAAUUGAUGAGCUCAAAAGGCAGCUUGAGGAAGAAGUUAAGGCCAAGAAUGCCCUGGCUCAUGCAGUCCAGUCAUCCCGUCAUGACUGUGAUCUGCUCAGAGAGCAGUAUGAGGAGGAGCAGGAAGCCAAGUGUGAGCUGCAGCGUUCAAUGUCCAAGGCUAACAGCGAGGUGGCUCAGUGGAGAUCCAAAUAUGAGACUGAUGCCAUUCAGCGCACUGAGGAGCUGGAGGAGGCAAAGAAAAAGCUCGCCCAGCGUCUUCAGGAUGCAGAGGAGUCCAUCGAGGCUGUGAAUGCAAAAUGUGCCUCUCUGGAAAAGACUAAACAGAGACUGCAGGGUGAAGUGGAGGAUAUGAUGAUUGAUGUGGAGAGAGCUAAUGCUCUAGCUGCUAGCCUGGACAAGAAGCAAAGGAACUUUGACAAGGUUCUUGCUGAGUGGAAACAGAAGUAUGAGGAGAGCCAAGCAGAGCUAGAGGGAGCUCAGAAGGAGGCUCGCUCUUUAAGCACUGAGGUGUUUAAAAUUAAAAACUCUUACGAAGAAGCUCUGGACCACCUGGAGACCCUGAAGAGGGAGAACAAGAACCUGCAACAGGAAAUCACAGAUUUGACUGAACAAAUUGGUGAAUCAGGAAAAACAAUUCAUGAACUGGAAAAGGGGAAGAAGAUGGCAGAGAAUGAGAAAGCAGAAAUCCAGUCUGCUUUGGAGGAGGCUGAGGCCACCCUGGAGCACGAGGAAUCAAAGAUGAUCCGUAUCCAGUUGGAGCUCACCCAGGUGAAAAAUGAGGUCGACAGGAAACUUGCUGAGAAGGACGAGGAGAUUGAACAGAUCAAGAGGAACAGCCAGAGAGUGAUUGACACCAUGCAGAGCACAUUGGAUGCUGAGAUCAGGAGCAGAAAUGAUGCCCUGAGAAUCAAGAAGAAGAUGGAGGGAGACCUCAAUGAGAUGGAGAUUCAGCUGAGCCAUGCCAACCGGCAGGCAGCUGAAUCCCAGAAACAGCUGAGGAACGUGCAGGCACAGCUGAAGGAUGCCCAGCUUCACCUUGAUGAUGCUAUCAGAGGCCAGGCGGACAUGAAGGAGCAGGUUGCCAUGGUGGAGCGUAGGAACAACCUGAUGCUGGCUGAGAUCGAGGAGCUGAGAGUUGCUCUGGAGCAGACUGACAGAAGCCGCAAAAUAGCUGAACAGGAGCUGGUGGAUGCCAGUGAGCGUGUGGGGCUGCUGCACUCUCAGAAUACCAGCCUCAUCAAUACAAAGAAGAAGUUGGAAACUGACCUCAUCCAGAUCCAGGGUGAAGUGGAAGAUGCUAUACAGGAAGCUAGAAAUGCUGAAGAAAAGGCCAAGAAGGCGAUCACUGAUGCUGCCAUGAUGGCAGAGGAGCUGAAGAAGGAGCAGGACACCAGCUCUCAUUUGGAGAGGAUGAAGAAGAACAUGGAGUUGACAGUGAAGGACCUGCAGCAUCGCCUUGAUGAAGCGGAGAAUCUGGCCAUGAAGGGAGGAAAGAAGCAGCUCCAGAAACUGGAGGCUAGGGUCCGAGAGCUUGAGUCUGAGGUGGAUGCCGAGCAGAGACGUGGAGCUGAAGCUGUGAAAAGUGUCCGCAAAUAUGAACGUAAAGUGAAGGAGCUGACCUACCAGACCGAGGAGGACAAGAAGAAUAUUAUUCGCCUUCAGGAUCUGGUGGACAAGCUGCAGCUGAAAGUGAAAUCCUACAAGAGGCAGGCUGAGGACGCUGAGGAGCAGGCCAACACUCACAUGUGCAGGUUCAGGAAGGUGGCAUACGAGAUGGAGGAGGCUCAGGAGCGUGCUGACAUCGCAGAGUCUCAGGUCAACAAGCUGAGAACCAAAAGCCGUGAAAUCGUCAGGGUGACCGAGAUUAAAGAGUGAGCAUCAGCCCCGACAAGACAGUGCAAGAAAUCAUACAAUAUGAUGUUUUUGUUUGGUGUGUCAAGUUUGUAACUAGUAAUAAAUCUGCAAGCAAAUCAA